AUGGAUGAAGCAGAGGCAAACGUCUCCUCCCCAAUUGAGAGACUCUCUGAACAAGAUGUCUUCUCUCCCGAGAAUUUAAUGUCCUCUCCUCUGUCUUCCAAGAUUACCGGAGCAAACAGCAGUGGGAAGCCAAAGCGGCCACCGCCAAUAACUCCUAAUUCUUUUCGCCGAUUCUUCACUCCUCGCUCCUCACAGGCCAAGGGAACCAAGGUCAGCGCCUCGAGAAAGGCUCUCCAGGAUAUCACCAACCCAGCACGCAACAGCGACGGCUCGGCAAUUCAUCGACCUUUCCCUGGUCCUGAGCUAUUCCGAGAUAUUCCAAGGGAUGCCAGCACAGCUUUCGACUUUGACUUCACGACCCCGACAUCUCAGAAAAAAAGAGGUUUCCUCAUCUCGCCAGAUUCCUCGCCAGAGCACGCUUCUCCUUCUAAGAGGCAGCGAAAUCUUCCUUUGAAUAUCCUAGAAGAUGAAGAGCCUGCUGAGGAGGUCAAGGCAUCUGAUGCAACUGCUGAGAAGGAGCAAAUCGAGAAGGUGUCGGUGGAGAUUCCAACGCCCACUCCGAUACGCCGUCGUCUCCCCAAUAUCAAUGGACGCAUUUACCAACGAAGCUUGGGCCCUUGGGGCUCGGGUAGGCCGUUCAGGCACCUCCAGAUCAGUUGCAACUGGCAGUACGAAACGGCAGCAUUCUACACCGCACCAGAGGACCGCUACGACUGUAGAGAUGCUGAUGACGAGAGCGGGGUGCUACCAUUUUGCACAGCAAGCUGUAACACAAACUCUCUCGUGGCAAUUGGGGAUGAAGAAGGACGUGUCCGACUUCUUGAAUCUGCUCCUGAUAGUACUCCAGAGUUCUCAAGCGCUUUUCUAGAAUUCUAUCCACAUGAGAAUGCAAUUCUGGAUCUGGCAUUCUCCUCGGAUGACCUCUUGCUCGCCACCGGAUCUGGUGAUCAGACCGCCCGGAUCAUCGACAUGUCAACCCAGCGUCCAAUUUACUCGCUGGCCGGCCAUUCAGCGUCUGUGAAACAAGUCCGAUUCCAACCCGGGAGUAACAACAACGUUAUUGCGACAUCUAGUAGAGACGGGACCGUUCACAUUUGGGACCUUCGAUGCAAGGCGGGCAAUUCGUCUGUGCGCCAGGUCCAUGUGUCGCUGGAUCCAGACUCGACCGGCGCUGUCUCCACUGGUCAGGCUUCCCAUUGCAUUUCUCGUGCUCAGGCGGUGAACAGCAUCUUUGAAGCCCACGCCAAUCGCCCACAUCCACCCCCCGCAGGUAGCUCGGUGGCCUCUGCUCUCACCGAAGGUGUCGCAAGAGCCGAAUCAAUUGAGCGACGUGGGGACGUAUCCGUCACUGCCCUGUCCUUUUUGAACCCUGGCCGAGAGCACCUCCUUUUAACCGCCUCUGAAGCCAACGCGACAGUGAAGCUCUGGGAUUUGCGUACGACAUAUAGCCACCGUCGUGGACGAACUGCUCCCCUGUCCACUACCUGCCAACCCGAUUCUCACAACACCCAUCGUCACUUUGGUAUCAACUCUCUGACCUUGAACGGUGACGGUAGCCGACUUUACAGUCUUUGCAGAGAUAACACUAUUUACGCAUACUCGACGUCGCAUCUUGUGCUGGGGAAUUCACCUGAACUCUCUAGUGCUUCGUCUAAACCUCGCCGUGCCGCUGCCUCUGUUGGGAAAGAAGGCCUUGGGCCACUGUACGGUUUCCGUCAUCCUCAGCUCCAUGCUACUACAUUCUAUGUCAAGACAGCCUUGAGGCCUGCCUCUGGUGACCAACCAGAACUUUUGGCAGUCGGGAGCAGCGACGGCUGUGCCGUCUUGUUCCCCACCGAUGAGCGCCACCUUACUCGCACGGAGCAUUUAGAGAAUGAGAAUGGAUCGUCCUCACCUUUGCCCCUGUCCAACACCCCAACACCUCCAGCCACACCUCGGCCUUGGACUCGAUCGCCUGGAGCUACAAUGAGCAGCGGUUUGGCAUCUCGACUAAACGACACCAUUCCCAUCUACCGCAACGGCUCUGCUCUCGUUCACGGGCAUUCGCGCGAGGUCACCAGUCUGACAUGGUCCUCCCGAGGCGAGCUCGUCACCGUCGGUGAUGACAUGCUUGCUCGUUGCUGGCGCGAGGGUCCCAAAGCCAAGGAAUUACGUCGAGGGGAUGAGGCAGAUGGCCGACUCUGGAAUUAUGGUUGGGCCGAGGCUGAGCCUGGCUUCGACGAUGACAGCGACGACGAAUAA